AUGACGGACGCAGACGAGACUUCAGAGCCAAAGGUGCCGACCGUUGCCGCCUCCGCCAACGAGUGCCUGGAAUCCUUCCAACAAUGCCUCCUCCGGGCGUCCUCUAUCCAUCCUCGGGAGCUCUCAAUGGUAGAAGACCAAGUUGCGAGGUUUUCCACCUGGGCUACGGGAAUCGGGGUCUUUGCCCCUGAGCGAGCAUCCAUGGAUCACCGCCUCCGAUACGCUCCAGAAGUGCAGGGUGUCGUGGCCGGUCUGCUGGAGUCUCUGAACUACCGCAUUCGAACUUGCUCGGAUGUCCUUUGUGCGCUGGGCAAUUCCCCUGCAACAAAUGCUCGAAGUGUCAUAAACGAACGCGUGGAACGCUCCUUUGUAGACAUCGCGACUGAGAUCAGUCGCCUCAACAAGAUUUCGAACACAAUUCGCAGCGCCAGAAAAGAAGCCCAAAUUAUCAAAGCGAGCGAUUUUCAGAUCAUAGACGACGGCAAUAACGUGGAGCCACUCCUGCUCGGUCAUUUCGAACAUUAUAUUGGCGAUCGGUUUCCCAACAUCAGCGAAACUAUCCAAACGAGACUUGCUCGCGCGAUGCUGCUUCGAAGGAAACGAAUUCUGCACAGGAGAAGUCGUCAAGGCAUCACCGCUAUCCGACCGCAGAAAGCAGUCCCCACGGCCUCGAUCACAUUGCCAGCUGCUCAGCCAACAGUACCCUCGGCGGAAGGCAAUCUGAAACAAGAUAACGGCCAGAUUGCUGCCGUGGCAGCGACCAUAAUUGCCCCCUCACAUAUACAAAGUGCGACAACUUUAGCCCCCAACAAGUUCAAAAUAGCGUCUUCAAGCCCAUCUAUUAUUUCGGCAAGCAAGACGGUCGCCUUGGCUAACCACGAGGCCCUCGUUUUCCCACCCGCCCCUAGCCUCGCUGCCAAACGGAAGUACGAAAAGCUCAAGAGUCAACGAGUGGCUGAGUACCGUCAUGCGAAUGAGCUCAAGGAAGUGAAUUCGGACGCGGAGUCAAAACUCAGUGAAUUGCUGAAGUCAGACCUCCAAGCAAUAGGAGAAAUCACCUGUCCUUAUUGCCUUUACGCUCUCCCGGCCCAAGAAAUGUUCGAUGAGCGAAAGUGGCAGAAUCACCUCAAGAAUGACCUGGACCCUUACGUGUGCCUCUUUGAGGACUGCGACCAACCGGACCUGAUCUAUAACCACAGCGAUGAAUGGCUCAACCAUUUGCACCAGCAUGCCAAGGUCUGGCGCUGCUCCUCUCACCGCGAGUUGGGUCCUUUCUCUACUCGCGAAGAGUACAUCAUGCACAUGCGAGUAGCCCAUAACACCAAACUCAGUGACACUCAACUCCGCUUCUUGGCAAACAGGAACACUCGAAAGACGGGGAAGCUCUUUCCAACGUGUCCCCUGUGCGGCCAAGAUGAGACCGAGGUUGAUGGCCGUGUGGAGGACCACAUCGCUGGACACUUGAGAUCCCUGGCCCUCAAGUCACUUCCAAGCUACCAAGAAGAGAUAACAGACGAUUCUGGAAGUGUAUAUGAUAGUGAUAAUACUUCACGGCCCCAAAGCAGGAGUACGAUUAAGAAUCUGAUGGACGAUGAUAUGCUGGGAUUUGGAGGGGAUCGCUUCUGGGACCAUUGGAAUCCUCAGCCGACCGACACCAAACCCCCAAAUUUUCUAGGAGAUGCCCACUUUGAGUUAGAUUCAAGUCACAAGGAUAACUGGAUGGUCAGUUGGAAUUUUGAUGAGCUCGCGUCCCAGAAAUCGCUCGGGACUCUUGAGGACGACGAUCCGAUCCUUAAGCCGAUGCUUCAACGAAAGCAAGACAGGGCUAAGGGGAUAGAUGAGCGGAAAAGGAAUAGCUCAGAUCUGCCAGCGGAUGAGGCGCUCGGGGAUGUUCUGGCAGCAUCCCAAAAUCUCGACGUAAAGAACGAUGCCGCGAAGGACGAGGGAGGGAGCGAUGACAACCACACCGACGUUCCCUCCCACCCCUUGCCUCAACAAGUCAUGCCGACGUCCAAAAAGUACCAGUGUCCCAUGUGCUAUCUGGAUAAUAACGCUGUGGGCUUCGGUCGCAAGAGCGACUUUAAGAGACAUCUCUACAACUUCCACGGCAGUGAUACCACAUGGUUGUGCAAGAGUAAGGGCUGCCACCUCUCUUUCACCACUGAGCGUGCAUAUUCCAUUCAUGCCAAGGAGAUGCAUCACAUGAACGCUCUGCCGAACAGCACGGCGAAGACAGAGCUUUGCCCUCAGGUUGUCUUUGGUUGCGGGUUCGCCAACUGUAAGGACCGUGUCUUUGAGGCACAAAACAGUAAUGAGGCAUUAAACAGCCGCGACAAGUACUUCGAGCAUAUCUGCAAGCACUACGAGGCCGGCUUUAUAGUGACUGACUGGGGGUAUAAGAUUGAGCUGCAUAACUUAAUGCGCCAGUCCCGGGUCAAGUCUAUCUGGAAGACGUGCAUCUGGCCCAAGGAGAGGAGGACACAACUUAUCUGGUGCCCACGAUCAUCUGGUGAUCUUAAGCGUAUGCUCGAGGCCCGACACUUGGGUGACGAUAUCUCGACUAUUGUGCGCUUGGCGUUUAUCCUCGGUACCUCUCCCUUCACCAACCCUAAUACGCCUCCACCUACCGAAAUCGACCUUCAGUUCCCUCUGCCUGUCCGAUCCGAGUGCCUUAUGCAUAUUGCCAGUUCUGCUAAGGGAUCCGAACCUGAAGCUGAGUCUUCUAGCAGCUCUGUAAAUAUAAGCACCUCAGGUGCUACUACCUUGAGAUAG